GAGAGAGAGAGAGAGAGAGGCAAGAGAGAGAGAGAGAGAGAGAGAGAGAGAGAAGUUUCUGAGCCACUUCGGGAAAAGUCGUUCGUGAAGCUUUAAUGUGGACGCACGCGCCGGAGUUCAAAGGAUAGAGCGCGAGAGACAAGAAAUGAGGACUGGGUCCACGUGCAGGUGGUGUGUGUUAUGGAGCACGGUGCUGAGCGCAGUGUGUGUGAGCGCCAUGGAAAAGGCCAACAAGACAGCGAUUGGUCGACGCCCCAGACAGACAGAAGGGGUGGGGCUAGAAGGUGUAUGGGGCCCAUGGAGUGAGUGGGCAGAGUGUUCUCAGAGCUGUGGAAUGGGUGUGACUGAGAGGCGCAGACAAUGCAUAGCACCGCCCCAAACCUGGAGUGGGUCGAGUUACCUGCCGUCAAGUGGAUCGAGCCACAACCCCUUACAACCCCCACACAUGCCUUAUUACCCCUCCUCAUAUCCUGGCAACGACAGACUUUAUCCAGCCAACCAGAGUCCUGGACUACCCCUCUAUCGAGACACACCUGAAGGGGUUGGACAAGAGCUGCCCAAUCAUGCUCCUCCUCUGUACCGACCGGAUGUCGGACCGCCCAAUCAUGCACCUCCUCUCUACCGACCGGAUGUCGGACCACCCAAUAAUGCGCCUUCUCUCUACAGACCAGAUGUCGGACCACCAAAUCAUGCGUCUCCUCUCUACAGACCGGAUGCAGGGCCGCCCAAUCAGCAGCCUAUUUCGAUUUACCGCUCUCCAUCGUCUUCAUCCUCGCGUGCACACGGUCAAUCAGGCAGAGGAUCCCGAAGGCCACCCAAUGAGGGGACAGGAAGAGUAGCAGCAGGCGGGAGUAGAAGGUCAGUCUCCACCAAUGGGGAUCAGGCGUCUGUGAGAAGACCAAUCCGUCCUGGUCAGUUUGGUUAUGGCAGGGUUCCGUACUCACUCCCACUUCACCGCCAAAACCGGCAUGCGCGAUACACCCGUCUCCAUGGAAACGUCACCAUUGAGCCAAUGCAGGUCAAACCCACUGCGGUUAUGCAGGACAUCAGCAGACAACGUGACGAGAAAGACGAGUGGGCAGACGCAAAGCCGAGGGAGAGACAAAGACAGAGGUCCAUCAGGAAGCGUGCACCUCCGAUAGCCUCCACCCCUUUCUCUUCACCUCUCCACAGGCCACACCCACAUCCGGACACACCACCCUAUGCCCUGCCACCUUACAUUCAACCCCCUGUGGUUCCGCUUCAGCACUACAGGUGCUCGGGGAAAGACCGAGAGUUUCGGAAAUGCACAGCAGAGGCGUGUCCCGGUUCCCAUGUGGACCCCCGAGCCGAACAGUGUGCCGCCUUCAACACGAAAGAGUUCAUGGGACGAAUUUACGACUGGGAGCCUUUUACUGAAGGCUCAGUGGAUAAGCAGUGUGAGUUAACGUGUCGUCCAGUCGGCUAUCGUUUUUACGUUCGUCAUUCCGAGCGAGUGAGAGACGGGACCCCGUGUGUUAAUAACACCCCGAACGACGUGUGUGUAGGAGGACGAUGCCUGAGUGAGGGGUGUGAUGGUAUGCUAGGCUCGGGUGUGACGCGUGAUCGGUGUGGUGUGUGUGGCGGGAGCGACGGCUCGUGUGUUCGAGUGUCAGGAAGUUUCUCCAACAGCAGUGUUCCUCUGGGCUAUCACAAAAUUCUCGACAUUCCAGCCGGAGCGACAGCCAUCAACAUCACAGAGCGCAGUGCCAGCCCUAACUACAUUGCAUUGCGUGGUGGUACCGGUCAGUCCAUCGUGAAUGGACGCUGGGCUGUUGAUCCUCCGGGUGAAUAUGAAGCAGGAGGAACAACGUUCACGUACACGCGCAACCGCGGAGAAACUCUCUCCGCCCCGGGACCCACAAACUCACUGCUGCAGCUUUAUAUCAUUUUCCACAAGGAGAAUCCAGGUGUGGAUUACGAGUACUACAUCCCCGUGAAGAAGGACACAGUGAGAGAGUGGGACGGAGGGAGCGCGUCUCUCCGAGAGACCGAAGCGGUGUUUUUUCCUGCAGGUGCUGUAGUAGCGUUCGAAGACUCCGCCCCUCCUCCUCCUAUUUCCGCUCCCUCUUCGUCUGAUAGGUGGACACCAGAGAGGCCCCGCCCCCACAACUCCGGGCCUAAUCGUAAUGCCAGGAUUCCUCCGAGAACCGACAUCCCACUGGAUAAUCUCAGUCCGUUUGUGUGGAGGCGGGGUCAGCUUAGUGAGUGUUCUGCUUCCUGCGGCAAAGGUUCCCAGCACAGAGAGGUGUUGUGUGUGAACAGACACACUAAUGAAGAAGUGCAUGAGAGGAGGUGUGACUCGGCGUCGAAGCCCACCACAGAGGAGGAGCCGUGUAACGUCCACCCCUGUCCACCUUAUUGGGAGGCUGGAGCAUGGUCUGAAUGCAGUGUGUCAUGUGGGUGGGGUCUGCAGCACCGCCAGCUCCAGUGCAGGCAGAAUUUCUCCAGCCGCUCCACCCAGGUCCACCCUCAGCGCUGCCAUGGUCUCCCGCAGCCCAACACCACACAGGCCUGUCACACACUCUCCUGCUCCCACUGGCAAAUCACCUCCAACUGGAGCGCUUGUUCAGUGGACUGUGGUGCGGGUAAAAGAACCCGGAACGUCCGCUGCGUUAGUGAUCACGGCGACGUGGUGGGUGAUGGCGAGUGUAACUCCAGGCUCCGCCCACAAAGAAGUGAAGACUGUCACAUGGGUCCCUGUGUCUCUAACUGGUACUUCACUGACUGGACGGACACAUGCUCCGUCCCAUGCGGUCCAGGUGUGCAGAAGCGUGAUGUGGUGUGUGUGUCGAAUGGAGCUGAUGGUGAGUGUGUGAAGGAGAAACCGGCUGAUAUGAAGGCAUGUAACUCGGGACACUGCGUGGCACACACACACUGGUUCACUGGACCAUGGGGACAGUGCAGCGCUCCAUGUGGGAAUGGAACCCAGCGCAGAGAUGUGAUCUGUGUUCAGAAGCUGGGGAGUGACUUUAGCGUGACGCUGGCCAGCGAGUGUGCGCACCUGGAAAAGCCGUCCCCCAUCCAGACGUGUGAAGUGGAAGCAUGUAAACCGCAGUGGUUCACCACGGAGUGGAGUGCGUGCUCCAAGUCAUGUGGUGAUGGAGUCCAGACUCGAGAUGUUCGCUGUCUGACGCCAGAUAAACAACCGAGUUCAGCUUGUGACUUCGCCCACAGGCCACACCCUGAGCAGCCCUGUAACCCCGCCCCCUGCAGCCCCUCUCUAGAUGAGAGCUGUAAGGACCGACGCUCCAACUGUCUGAUGGUGGUCCAGGCUCGGCUCUGUGUUUACACCUACUACAAGUUGGCCUGCUGCGCCUCCUGCACUCAGAGCGCUCAGAGAGCCAAACGCCACUGACCCCGCCCAGGGUCAAAGGUCAGCGGCAGGGCAACCGACUCUCCGGCCUGAUCGCAUCACGGACUGACAUCGGUCUAAAUCCAUGAAUUUAGACUUUAACAUUUCAACAGCUCUGUUUUGCUGCAGCUCUGUCAAUCAUAAUUAGCCCCGCCUCCCCCUCCCACACACUAGCUCUUUAGCUACAAAUGAAAUGCCCAUCAUCUCAUCUCACACGCAGCCCAUCACCUGAGACGUGUCCGGUGUGUGAGGUUUUCCUUUUCAGCUUUGCAGCGGAGCUUCGAGGCUAAUGUAGCUAACACAGACUGGAUGCUCAUAGCCACCAGUUUAGCAUUGAGCUAAACCACGAUGACACUGUAGUUCUGAUUUAAAUUCAGAUUUAAUGAUAAAUGCUACAUGGUGCUAAGUUACAUGAUGCUAAACUGGUGGCUCUUCCUUUUUAGGCACAUUAGCAUCAUAGCUCCAGUAUAAACACGUCUCUGCUGAUCGACUGUUUUUGGGGUAAAAGUGAAAAUUGUGUGCAUUUCUUUUCUUACCUUUCUUUUUUAUUUGGCUUUUUCUCAAAGUGAGAACUUUUUUAAAUCUGUUAUAUGUUUGUUUUGUUUUAAAAGCACUAGGACUUUCUGCGUUUCUAUGGCAACCUGAAUGCCAGUCUCUAAACCCUACAGUGAUGAAGGUGCCUUUAAUAAAGAGAAGACUCAUCAGUUCACCUGCUUUUGUUCACAUUCCUGUGCUCUACAGGGUGCCAAUAUUUAUGGAUUUUAUUCCAGAUCCACCUGUAGUGCACUACAUGUAGUGCACUGUACUCUGCCUUAAUAUAUUAGUGCACUUUAUAUCAUAAAUAAGAGCUCACUUCCUGUGUAGUGCACUAAAUGUCCACUAUGAUUGUUCCUUCCUGGAUAAGUGGACUACAUAUCAAGUAGACUACAGAGAGAUUUUAUAGUGCACUAUAUAGUCCUUACCCUCGAUGCAGUGCACUACAUGUCCAUGCAUUUACUGUUCCAGCUAACUCGGUUUAUUUACUGUGGCUGAAGGUCAAAUAAACCUGUAUUCCCUGUAUUAGUGCACUACCAAGGGUGUGAAAUAAUACAGCAUUAAUGGUUACUAAACCUAGUUCACUAAAGAACCGUUUGAGACUUAAACGUAUCACCAAAUGUGCAAAUCAUGAAUUCUGUGAGCAAAGCAUAGCCAUUCCUGUUUUCACACACACACACACACACACACACACACACACACACACACACACACACACACUCUUUCCUCCUCUUGUCUUUUUUAUUAAUCAUAUGUAUGCAUGUACAUUUAUGUUAAAAUGUGUUUUAAAUGCACCCUUAAAUAUGAAGGUGUGUGUGUGUGAGAGCAGAAAUGAUUCUGAUUGGAUGUAAGAGGUAAGAGGGGUGGGAUUUAAGGCAACUUGUGUUUGCUGUUUUGGUUGUUUGAUGGUUUGUGUGUGUGUUUUAUAAACUAGCCAAAUUGCUUACUUCAGUAGUGCUUUAAAGCAUCAAGCCAAAUGUUUGUGUGUAUGUGUGUGAGAGAGAGAGAUACAAAAAAUUGUGUUAAUGUACAUACUUUUGUGUCUGUGUAUAGUACCAUAAUCAAAUAUAAGCAACUAGGAGCUGAAAUAUACAUAUAUAUAUAUAUAUAUAUAUAUAUAUAUAUAUAUAUAUAUAUAUAUAUAUAUAUAUAUAUAUAUAUAUAUAAAAAUACAGAUAAUUAUUUAUCAAGAAAUAUUGCUAUAAUUUAUUUUUAUUUCGUAAAACAAAGCAUAUGUUAUUAUCUUCUGAGGUUCAAGAACAAAUUUUGAUUGUAAAAUAACGAUUUUCUUUGUCACUCUAAAGAUGAAAAUGUGUGUUAAAUGUCAUUACAGUGCUGCAGAAUAAAGGAAACUGCAACGUCCACAUUC